AUGGAGUUUGGGGAACAGACAGAAAUUUUCAGUGCAGCUUCACUGUUAUCCACUGACAUUUUUGUUUACACCCAAUUUGGGGAAACACAUAAAUGGCUGAAAUUUUCAAGAACCAUGAUCGAUGGUAAAAAACCUGGAAAUAGUUGUUCAAUCUAUUUAAACCACUCCAAACGAAUUCACUAUGAUGUAGUGCAAGAUGUUUGUGUAAGUGAUUUAAAGCACCAAUUUUCUCAGAAUUCCAAGUCAGAUGAUAUCGGUAGCUAUAAUAAGAAAGAAACAAUUAUCACUAAAAAACCAUCAGAAAACACAUGCCAUACUACGCAAAGACAGACAAAGGUGAUGUUCACAGAGGAGGUUGCUAAACCGCAAUGCAAAAAAAGAAAACCUGAAUCAGAUCAGAAAAUAGCACAUGCUAAAGAAGCUAGACUGGUUGAUGGUCAAGUUCGCUUUAACUCACCAUCCGUCUCUUCAGAAUGAACCAGAAGGUACCAUCAUAAUAACCAAUAGUAAUUUGUAUUCCCCUACAAAUGAUGUUGAAACUAACCCUGGGCCUAAUCUAGAUUUGGCAACUUGUAUGUUUACCCGUUGCGAUGAAGGUUCACAGAAAUUUAUGUGUUCUAUCACUAAUCUCCCAUUAGCUGUAAAACAUUGUCUAAAACCUUCUAAGCCACUUGGCAAACCCUCAAAAGUCAUUCACAUUUUAGGUGAUGGAAAUUGUCUUUUUCGAACAUUAUCAUGUGCUGUAUCUGGUAGACAAGUUUAUCAUACUCAAAUGAGAGUGCAAAUAAUAAAUCACAUGUAUCAUAUUGAACAUUUCCUACUACCUCACAUGAAUAGGUCAUUAAACAGUUAUUUAGCCAACUCUCGUAUGGCCAGAAAUGGAGUUUGGGGAACAGACAUAGACAUUUUCAGUGCAGCUUCACUGUUAUCCACUGACAUUUUUGUUUACACCCAAUUUGGGGAAGCACAUAAAUGGCUGAAAUUUUCAAGAACCAUGAUCGAUGGUAAAAAACCUGGAAAUAGUUGUUCAAUCUAUUUGAACCACUCAAAUCGAAUUGACUAUGAUGUAGUGCAAGAUGUUUGUGUAACAGAUUUAAAGCACCAGUUUUCUCAGAAUUCCAAGCCAGAUGGUAUCUGUAACUAUGAUAAGAAAGAAACAAUUGUCAUACGGAGCAAAGACAGACAAAAUGCAUGUUCAAAGGGAAAGCUGCUAAACCACAAAGCCAAAAAAGGAAACAUGAAUCACAACAUAUGAUAACACAUCCUAAAAAAGCUAGACUUGUUGAUGAUGAAGAAGCUUCUAACUCACCAAACACAUCACAAACAGAUGACAAAGUAGCAAAUAUGGUGUAUCAAAGAAAGCAAAAUCUUCAUUUUACGAUGCCUGUAAUUAAAAAGACAAUAGAUAAAAAACCAAAAUUGCAUGCUAACAACAAAAACUCCUCACACACAAAAAAACAAAUCAAAAAUCCAAAAGCAGAAGAUUGUUUCUUCCAAACUAAAAAAGAUGCAAGACAAUCAAAACAAAAGUUGUAA